AUGGACCGUGGAGUAAACAUAAUCGACUUUUGCACAGGAACUGGUUGUAUACCUCUUGGAGUUUUCUCAUCCCUCCAGCACUCGGUUGACAACUUGACUGUGCGGGGAGUGGAUGUUUCGCCUGUAGCCCUCCGGCUCGCACAGGAGAACAUCGCACGAAACGUCAGGCUUGGAACUUUGAUCAGGCCUACAAAACACAAGCGGCUUGACAUCACAAGAGCAAAUGUUUUUAGUGAUGGCGACAUGCAGCAGCUCGCCGUUACCCCCUGGGACAUUAUCGUUUCUAAUCCUCCAUAUAUAUCAGAAGAUAUCUGGCAUUAUGGCCGUGGGCAACUCGGAUAUUCAGUCCGAAAAUAUGAACCACGCCUCGCAUUGGUUCCUGACAAGGACCUCCCUUGCACUAGUAGAUGCAACCCAGCAGACGUUUUUUAUGCACGGCUUUUGGACAUUACAGAACUCUUGAAGCCCAGGGUGGUACUGCUCGAAAUCGGCGACGAUGAGCAGGCCCGUCGUGUGUUGCAGCUGUACUUCAACCAUCCAAUUGCCCAAAAGUCAAGGACUGAAAUUUGGCGUGACUUGCCUGAUUUCGAGGGAGCCAAGGGCACAGAGAUCGUCUUGCAUCUCAAUGAACAAAAGGAAGAAUGCCGAGUUCCGGCAGAGCGAUAG